GCCAGUACAAAUUCAGUCCGAUAAGUUAUUUAUAAAGAUAUUUUAUAAAUGUUAACCGCAAAUCAGCAGACCGCAGUCGUUCACACGAUCUUCAAUUAAACAGCCGUAUAUUUUCGCACCAGUAAAUCUAGUCAGUUUUAUUUAUAAAAUUAAUUAUACAACACGAGGAACAAGAACUUUGUUGUGAUUUUUAAGUUACUUUGUACUUUUAUUAAAUUUACCAAAAAUGUAUUCGUAUGUUAUUGCGAUAUUAUGUUUAAUGAUGUGUGUGAACUUAGGAUUAGCACAAGAAAUGCCUAAAGGUGCUAUAGGAUUUCCUGAGAUUGAGGAAAACCCAAAAGUUUCAAAUAAACAGGAUCGACAACCAGUAUACCUUCCAUCGGUAUGUCCAGAAAACGAACUGUAUUAUCCAGGAGAUCAUAAAACUGACUGGAUUUGCGACUGUCGACCAGGAUACUUAUACCAUCCCGCAACGGACAGAUGCUGGCUCGCUUACCAGCGUGGCCCUUGUCCUCAGGGACAGUACUUAGUGUUAACAAAGUCUUCAGUUUUACCAAUAUGUGAAAUGAACCCGUGUAAAAGUGACGAUACAGUUAUGUACAAUGGAAACUGUACCACAUUAGGAGCAAUGACACCAUGUGGUCUAUCGUAUCCAGCGAAAGUUGUAUGGAUAAACGCGACAACAAUAAAAGUAGAUUGUGUAAAAGUUUACGUAGACAAUAGAUUUUCCUCGAACGUAGAAGAAGAAGUGUUUGCAUUAUGUCCUCCUGGCUGCAAGAGAAGCAUUAACUUACAAUGUACGCCUGAUGUUAGGAGAUAGUUAAAAUGUUGUUAAAUUUAAUAAUUAAAUCUCUAUUGAAUGUUUUCCUAAAUAAUACUUA